AUGCCGGUCACCCAUACCACGGAGACGAGGGGGGAGAGGAACGGCUCGCACACAGAACUCGGUGGAACAGCCGGGAACCAAGGAAAGAUGCCCUGCCUCUGUGCAGACAACACCAACAAGAAAAAACAAAACUCCACCACCUCGUCAGCUACCACAAGAAGUAGCAUCAGCACCGGCAAGAACAACAGGGCCAACAACACCAGAACUCCUGGCUGCCUGUCACUAAACAUGACAGCCCUGCAAAAUGCAUUCAGGGCUCUGUCGCCACGGUCCAGCGCCGACCAUGGCGCAAGAACCAACAGCUUCGCCAACGCCAACGGCCACGCCCGCAGCAGCUCAACCGGCUCCAGCUCGAGCUUGGGCAAGGCCAGCCGCCGCACCGAGGAGAGAAACGCGAGGAAGGAGACCAAGGCCUUGAGGCUGCAGGCCGAACGGGAGGAGAUAGAGGAGAGGAGGAAGCUCGAGGACCAGCUCGCCAUGCAGGAGGAGGACGAGGAGACCCGCGCGAGGUACGGCUUGGCCAUGGACGCGAAGGAGCUCCUCACCAUCCGGGAGGUUACUGAGCUCCCAGCCGGCAAGGAGGUCACCUUCCGCGCCCGCAUACACCACCAGCGCAACGUCUCCAAGCACCUCGACUUCCUGCUCUUCCGCGACCAGACCCACUCCAUCCAGGGCGUCCUGCAGCACGACACCUCCCACUUCGUCAAGUGGGUGCAGCGCCUCGAGCCCGAGUCGCUUGUCCAGGUCACCGGCACCCUCCAGUUGCCCCCCGAGCCGGUCCGCUCCGCCACCCACAAGAACCUCGAGGUCAAGGUCUACUCCGUCCACGUUGUCAACGCCGCUCGCGACCUGCCCUUCGACAACUAUGAGCCCCCAGAGACCACCCAGGCCCGCCUCAACAACCGUAUCCUCGACCUCCGCCACCCCAGCAACCAGGCCCUGUUCCGCAUCAGGGCCAUGGUCACCCGCAAGUUCCACGAGGUCCUCGACCGCGACGGCUUCAUGGAGAUUCAGACCCCCAAGCUGCAGCCCGCCGCCACCGAGAGCGGUGCUGAGGUCUUCAAGGUCAACUACUUCGGGCGACGCGCUUUCUUGGCCCAGAGCCCCCAGCUGGCCAAGCAGAUGACAGUGUCUGCUGACUUUGGCAAAGUGUACGAGAUCGGCCCGGUCUUUCGUGCAGAGAACUCGAACACUAAGCGCCAUCUCACCGAGUACACCGGCCUUGACAUCGAGAUGGCCAUCCAGAGAGACUACCACGAGGUAAUCUACCAGGUCGACGCCUUCAUCAAGGAGGUUUUCCGCACCCUCCAGUCCAUGCCCGAGCUCCAGAUAGUUCGUGAGAGAUGGCCAUCUGAGGAUAUCGUGUGGCUCGAGGAGACACCCAUUAUCCCAUUCACUGAGGGCCUCCAGAUGCUGCGCGACGAUGGCAUCGAUGUCGACGACGAAGAUUUAUCGACCAGGAACGAGAUCCGCCUCGGCGAACUCGUUAAGGAGAAGUACAAGACCGACUACUACGUCCUCGAUAAGUUCCCAGCCAACGCGCGGCCAUUCUAUACCAUGAAGGACGCCAAGGACCCCAAAUGGACCAACUCCUUCGACAUGUUUAUCCGCGGCCAGGAGAUCUGCUCAGGUGGCCAGCGUAUUCACGAUGCCACCAGGCUGCGCGAGAACAUGAAGUCGAUGGGCAUGUCAGAAGACGGCAUGGAAUACUACCUUGCAGCAUUUGAUCUUGGAGCGCCGCCCCACGCCGGCGCGGGUCUCGGCCUGGAGCGUAUCCUUGCCUGGACCCUCCAGCUUGUUGACGUGAGAUACGCAACCCUGUACCACCGCGACCCCAAGUCCCUGCCCGAGCGAAACGUGCGCCUCCCCCACCCAGAAUGUGACACGAAGCACGUCAGGCCAGAGGGCAUCAACAACUACCCCCUCGAGAAGCUGAUCGCCAACUAUGGCGACGCAACCAACACGUCGUGGCUCGACGACCGCUUCGAGAUAUGGAGGCACGCAACCACCGGGGCGGCGGUAGGAUAUGUCAAGAAAGACAACAAGUUUGCCAUGAUCACGGGCGACCCACUCUGCGACCCGUCCCAGGUCAGCGAGGUCGCCAAGGCCUUUGUCAGAUUUGUCGAGAAGGACCUGAAGCUAACGCCCAUCUGGAUGCUGGUUUCCGAGUCUGUACAGGAAAUCCUCGGCCGCAGCCUGGGCUGGCGCACCCUCACCUGCGUCGAGGAGCAACGCGUUGACGCCGACAAGCACGCUGCUGGGCCGCAGGGCCGCGAGGCGCGCAAGGUUGAGCGCGAGGGCAUCGAUAUCGAUGAGCUACGGCCCGACGAGGAGUUCAUGCGCCGCGCAGAUUUGGCCAUCGAGCAGUGGAUGGAGAAUCGCAAGGGCAAGAAGCAGGUGCAUCUGACCGAGAUCAGGCCGUGGGUCGACAUGGACCAUCGUCGCUACUUCGCCGCGCAGAAGGACGUCGAGGAAGAUGGCAAGAAGGUCAAGAAGGUGGUGGCCAUGGUUGUCCUGGCGCAGCUGUCACCCCGCCACGGCUGGCAGGUCAAGUGGGCACUCGACAUGCCCGGCACGCCCUCCGGCGUCAUCGAGGCGACCAUCCAGACAGCGCUGGCGGCACUCCAUGGGCCUGUCACCUUCGGCGCUGGUGUCAGCGAGAAGCUGGUCCCCGGUGCCCACCUCGGUGGUGUCCGGGCCAAGUUCCUGGCCAAGACGUAUGAUACCAUCAUCAAGAGCCUGCGUCUGAACAAGAAGAGCGAGUUCCGAGAGAAGUUCGGCGCGUACGGCGAGCCGGUAUACGUCUGCUACCCUCGUAUGGGUCUCGGCGUGCGGGACUUCAAGCACAUCAUCCAGUUUUUCGAGGACUAA